AUGGCUUCUAGUUCUCAAGAACAAGAAACACAAGGAUCAAGUACAUCAAUAGACCAACCUCCGUUGUGGGACUAUGUGACUAAACUUGAAAAACUUGCUGGAGCAGGGGGAUAUUGGAAGUUCAAGUGUAAUCUUUGCAGUGAAACCCGACAAGGAUCAUAUUCUAGAGUUAGAGCACAUUUGCUUGGUAUAAAAGAAGAUGCAUAUGAAAAGAAGAAAACCGAGUCACAAGCGAAAGAAGUUCAAUUGCCAUGUGAAGCUGGUGUUGGAUUUAAGAAAAGAAAAGGUAUUUCAACACCUAUUGAAAGAGCUUUUGGUGUUGAAAUUAGGGACCAACUAGAUCAAGAAAUAGCUAGAAUAUUUUAUACCGGAGGUUUACCUUUUAAUCUUGCAAGAAAUCCACACUAUGUCAGGGCUUUUCAGUUUGCUGCUAACAACAAAAUUGAUGGUUAUGUACCUCCUGGUUAUAAUAAGCUAAGAACAACAUUACUACAAAAAGAAAAAGAUAAUGUUCACAAGCUAUUGGAGCCACUUAGGUCUACAUGGAAAGAAAAAGGUGUGACUAUUGUGAGUGAUGGCUGGAGUGAUCCAACAAGAAAACCUCUAAUCAAUUUCAUGGCUACUUCAGGUAAUGGUCCUUUGUUUCUAAAGGCAGUGAAUUGUUUUGGGGAAGUGAAAGAUAGAUUUUUUAUUGCUGAGUUGAUGAAAGAAGUCAUCAAUGAAAUUGGUCAUGAAAAUGUUGUGCAAAUUAUUACUGACAAUGCAGCAAACUGUAAGGCGGCUGGAGAGAUUAUAGAGAGUCAGUUUCCUCAUAUCUAUUGGACACCAUGUGUUGUUCAUACGCUUCAUCUUGCUUUGAAGAACACUUGUUCACCAAGGAAUGUGGAAGCAAAUGAACUAACAUAUGAACAGUGCAGCUGGAUAAAAGAAGUUCACGAAGAGGCGUUUGUAAUAAAAAAUUUCAUCAUGAACCAUAACAUGAGACUCUCGAUUUUCACCAAGUUUACUCUUCUUAGGCUGCUUUCUGUUGCUGACACUCGCUUUGCCUCCAUCAUUGUGAUGCUUAAGAGAUUGAAACUUAUCAAAAGGGGUCUUCAAGCUAUGGUCAUAAGCGAAGAAUGGUAUUCUUAUAGAUUAGAUGACACUGAGAAAGCAAACUCUGUGAAAUAA